AUGGCGAAAGGAGCGAAGGUAGCCGGAAAAACAAAAUCGAAAGUGAAAUCAAAGAAAAAGGGUCCUUCAUCCUCUGAUAGGAUCAUCAAGACACGAUCUAUGGAUGCGAUUCUGGGAGUGAAAGAAUUGGAAAUUGAUGAGGAAGCUGGUGAUAUGAAGCUGGGGGUUGAGGAGAUUCUUUCCCCUGAAGAUAUGGAGGAGAACUGCAGGAAUCGUGGUGAGAUACACCAGAAUUUUUCGGACUGGAUAUCUCAUUCAAAUCGUGUGGCCCAAAAUGUGAGCACAGGGGUGAAGACUCCUCCUCCAGUCUUUAGAUCUAACAUUGUUCAGAACCUGGACUCUCGGUUUGCUGGGUCGAUUCAAGAGAAACUUGAACUAGAGGGACAACAAGAACAGAGCCCUAAAUCUAAAGUGAAGAUCGACUUUGAAGACAUUGAGGAGGAAGUGAGCUACUGGCAACCUUCAAUUGUCUGUUUUGUCAUGGGAGCUAAUAUACCUCUUCAUGUUCUUGAUGGAUUUGCAAGAAGGAUGUGGCAAGAUGCAGUAGUUAAAGUGGGAAUGAUUGCUCGUGGAAUUUUCAUUAUCCGAUUCCAGAAUAUGGAACAACGAGACAGAGUUCUUCAAGGUGGCUAUGUGUUUUUUGACCGAAAGCCAGUGGUCAUGAAACCAUGGAAUCCGAUUGAUGACUUCACCAAAGAUGAUAUUACCAGUGUUCCCACCUGGAUACAACUAAAGGGUUUGGAUAUCAAGUAUUGGGGGGAAAAAUCCUUGUUCAAGAUUGUUGGUCAGAUUGGCACUCCUUUGCAAGUUGACAAUGUUACCAAGCAUCGAGAUAGGCUGAUGUAUCCGAGAAUUUUGAUUGAGGUAAGCAUUGGUCAAGAUUUUCCUGUUACGGUUUCUUUCACUGAUGAAUUUAAUCAUGAUGUUGAAUUAGAGGUGAAGUAUGAAUGGUUACCAUUAGUAUGUUACACAUGCUCGGGUAUGGGGCAUGAGACCAAUAAUUGCAGGAAGAAACAGGAAGGGAAGGACACAGUGAAACAGAAAUGGAUUCCCAAGAAGCAAGAGAAUGAGGUGAAGAAGAAGACAUCUAUAGUGGAUGAGGAAGGGUUUCAGAAAGUUGAAAAGAGGAAAAAGUACUAA